AUGAAGGCUGCCGAGGUCAUCGACGACGCCCUGCGUCACGUCGGCCUGCGUGUCGACCACGGCGUCACCCCGCUCUCUGCCAGCAUCCUCCUCCUCGCCGGUAUCGGCGCCAUCUCGGCCGGCACCUUCCUCCUUCGCUUCGCCAGGGUCUUGGCUGACUGCUACCUCCUGCCUGGAACCUCGCUCUCCAAGUUUGGAGCCAACAAAAAGCAGCCGGGCAGCGGCACCUGGGCCGUCGUGACGGGCGCCACUGACGGCAUCGGACGCGAGUUUGCGCUGCAGCUGGCCAAAAAGGGCUUCAACAUCCUCCUCGUCAGCCGCACGCCCGAGAAGCUCGGCGCCGUGGCGGGCGAGAUCGAGUCGGCCUGCGCCGGCAUCAAGACGCGCACCCAGGCCGUCGACUUUGCCCAGGGCGACGAAAAGCAGUACGCCGCCCUCGAGGAGACGGUGCGGACGCUCGACGUCGGCGUGCUGGUCAACAACGUGGGCAAGUCGCACGACAUGCCCGUCCCCUUUGCCGAGACGCCCCACGACGAGAUGGAGGACAUUGUCGAGAUCAACGUCGUCGCCACGCUCCGCGUCUCGCGCAUGGUCGUCCCCGGCAUGGUGGAGCGCCGCCGCGGCCUGGUGCUCAACGUCGGCUCCUUUGCCGGCCAGACGACGACGCCGCUGCUCGCCACCUACGCCGGCAGCAAGGCCUUCCUCUCGGGCUGGUCCCAGGCCCUCGGCGAGGAGCUGUCGCGCUCCAACGUCGUCGUCUCGCUCCUCAACACCUACUUUGUCACGUCCAAGCUCUCAAAGGUGCGCAAGAGCUCCAGCAUGAUCCCCACGCCCAAGCAGUACGUCGCACAGGCGCUCGCCAAGGUCGGAAGGCAGGGAGGCGCCGUCGGACGUCCUUACACCAGCACGCCCUGGCCCGGACACGCCCUCGUCGAUUGGGCCACCACCUACGUCGUCCCGCGCGCCUGGCUCCUCAAGUUUGUCUACGGUCAGCAGGUCGCCACGAGGAAGAGGGCCCUCCGAAAGGCCCAAAAGGCCGUCAAGGCCCAGUAG